ACUUCCGGACGCUCAAGUUAACCGUUUCCAUGGUUACAGCUCCGGUGAGUUUGGAAUCAUUCAGUUUUCACAUCGCUGCUAACGCUAUUAGUACAUUAUAAAACGUUUUAGUAAAAAAAUGGAUGAUUCAAUGACUGCUGUGGCCGCUAAGAAAAAAACGGGGUAUAGAAUGAUGCCGGAGCGGCCCUACGACUACCUUUAUGACCCAGUUUACACCGUAUCGUCAAAGGUGAACUACACCCGCGCCAACUUCAUGAACAAACAUCGUUCCAAAUUAGUUCCAGAGUUGAAAUCCAUGUUCAGUGACAGUCCACGUUUCACUGUCAAAGUGGAAUCUACUGACCCAAUGCCAGGACUUUCCAAAGAUGACAGGAAUGAACAAAAUCAGCAGCACAGAGAUGCACCGCAUCAUCUGAGUGGGUCUGCUCCAAGUGUUCAGACAAAUCCAAAAACAGAGGAGUGUCGUGUGACCGGGGCUGAUCGUUGGAAAUAUUUUAAAUGUCCUUUGGUUACAUUUUCACAGUAUUUCCCCCCAGGUGGAAAUUUUGCCCUGUCAAGAGACUUUGUAACCACUGAAGAAGAUAAUGAGCAGCAGCCCACCCAACACAAUGUGAGAACUCAGACAGACUACAGAGAAAGUGAAACCCAGACAGACCCAUUCAGCCCAGAGUAUGUGCACCAACCUGGAAUAACUCCCUCAGAGCUCCUGCAACUGGCAAAGUUAACCUCAGGUCAUGGUUUACCAGCAGGCCUGGCUGAGGUGGAGAUGAUAGAGCGAAUGCGAGCAAAACGAGCUUGGGAGGCCACCCUUCCUCCAGUAAAUGACUUGAGCCAAUUAGACAAGAGGGUGCGGAUGAUGAAGGAGAUGGAGGCCAAAGAGUGGGCUUUCAGGGAGCAGGAGAUCCAAAAGUUGCAGGAGGCUCGUUCUGCAUUGCUGAUGUACAAACAGAGGGAACAACGUGAAGCUCGGAUGGACUCCACAAAUGAGAGAAUAAACCACUUCCGUUCUCAGCUUUUAAAACAGCAACAGGUCAACAUUCAGAAAAUCGAAAAGGAUCACCUCAGAGUGCUAAGAAAACUUGAUGCUAAGAGAGAAAAUGUGGAAGGGAAACUAAAGCGACGAGACAUCGUCUUGGGUGCUCUGAAACGCAAGGACAGGUUUCCCAACAGGUUCUCCAGCGAGUUCAAAAGCCACUACUUGGACACAUAUGAAGGCUUGGAAAAACUAGAGGCAUCACUUAAGCCAUUGAUGAAACACCCAAAGCCCAAGGAUGUGCUGAAGCCUUCUGUGAACAAACCUCUAGAGCUCCUGAUCAGUUACAAGGCUCAGAUACAGAAGGAGAAGGAACAAAUAACGGAAAGGUCCCCGCAUUUUAUUGUUGAAAAGGAAAACCCUGUCACUCCCAGAGUUGAAGGACCCUCAGAGGAGGAGGAGCAGACAGAGCUCGCUGUCAUUGUUUUACAAAAGCUACUCAGAGGAAGAAGCAUCCAGUACCAGAUGUUUAAGAACACAAAAGACCAAAUGGCUAACAUUCAGGAACUGCGGCUCACCCAUGCCUUCCGGAGCAAGGAGCAGGAUCAAAUAAAAGUCACCCAGGCGUAUGAGAGGACCAUGAAGAAACUGAGAGAGCAGGAAGCAGAAAGGAUUGCUCAGGAGGAAGCAGCUCAAGACAUGGUAAUAGACAGGGAGAUUGGAGAGCUGUUGGACACCUUGUCCAAGGAGCUGACUCGUCUGCAGGAAGAACGCCGGAUCCAUGCUUUCAUUCUUCUAGCCGUGAGACAGCGGCGGCAGCGAGAAGCAGAGGAACGUGGAAGGAGACAGCAGGAGGAGCGCAGAUGCCAAGAAGAGGACGAGAUCUUCAGACAAGUAGUGCAGGUCCACCAGGAAACCUUGGACAUGUAUUUAGAAGACACCAUCUUGGAAAACCUACAAGUGAUGGUGGACAAGCAGGCCAGAGAGGAGAUCCAGAAGAAGGCAAAGAAACUCAAUGAUAUUGUUAUUGCCAUGGAGGAAAGCAGAGACAGCCUUCAGUCAGAGGAGAUUACGUCUGAGAUGAUUUAUGGCUUUCUCAUCCCAGAGCCUGAGAAGAUCCUCAUCCAGCAAAAAGUCCAUAUGAAGCAGCAGCAACACCUGCAGGCAGCUCGGAGGAUCAUCGAGGAGGCAGCAUCAUCUUCCAGGCUCUCGCCUCAGGAACCAUCUGAGCAAAGUGUCUCUGUUACAAAAGCUGCUAAUCAAGUUCAGGAGGACACGGCCGGCCAGCAGGUGCAGGAAAAGAGCUCGAUCAAACUGAAUGAAGGUCUAAAAUAAGCUGUUAAAGAUUUUUGUUUAAGUGCUAUUAUCGUGAGUUAAUUGUAGCCUUUAUGUUAUGUCCACAGCAUGUUGCUCAAUGUUUGUAUGUGCUUAGAAAUAAAUAAACUUGACUUGAUUAUUA